AUGGAACGUCCACAAGAUCACACAUGCGAUGCGUAUCGGAAAAAGUUCAAUGAGGACAUGGAACGGAUGAUACAAGAAAAGCGGAGUCAAGAGUUGGAGGUUGAAGCUAUAGCCAGCCGUAAACGAGCAAAAGAACAAGUCGUGCGCGAAAACCGGGCAAAGUUGGUACAAAAAAGAAAAGCGCCAAUACCGGUCUCUCAAUUAAAUGAAGACGAAGCGAGAGCAAGGGUGCAAUCUCUAAUCAUCCAAAUCGACGCGCUGCUGAAGGAUCCAGCUGGCAUUCGGGAGGACCUGUUCGAAGUUUUCCUGAGCGAAAAAGUGCGACUUGAACGAGGAGAAGCUCCAAAACCGAACACUAAGCUGCUGGUCGAGAAACAGACCGAAGAAAUACGAACGUCGUGUCAAAGGGAGCUCAAAGUAAUAAAAGCAUUUCAAAGCUUCAAACGAGAUGAGAACUUCGCACUACCUCGAUCACCUGCCAGGCGAAGCGAACGAUCGCGAGAAUGCUCACGCGAAAGGAAUUACGACUUCCGCAAUGAAAGAUCACGGGAAUACCCUCGCGAGCGAACUCGUGACUAUCGGAACGAACUAGACGAUAGGUCACGUGAACGAUCUCGCGACCGAGAACAUCGUGGCAGAAGAGCAUGGGAACGCCACGGAGAUGAAGUCGUUGAAGUCGGCGCUCGGCGCAAACCAGCUGAUGACAGCGUAACUAUACCAGAGCGACGAUCGGAACUACGAAGACCGGAACCUGAAAAAGAAGGUCGUCAGGAACCGAUCGGCUGUGCAUUCGUUCACCAAAAAGUUAGAGGAUUAACACCGGAACGAUCUCGAAAUCAGAGACGAGAUCGCAGGAACAAGAGCCCAAACCCAUAUGAUAAGUCCUGGCAAGAGGAUGCAGCAUAUUACGCGACCUUCGAGCUUCCCCACAAACGGUCAUCGAGUGGAGAACGUGAGGACACUCCACCAAAAUAUCAGCGUAUGUUGUCCACAGUUCAUGUGGUGGAACCGCUGGUAGUGACGUUACCCGGCGAUGCGCUGAUGGACACAUCGUCAUCACAGGAGACCGUGGUCCAUAAACGAAAUGUAAUCCUCGACAGCAAUCUUCAACCGUCGACAUCGACAAGUAAGGCACCGCCGCGACGCGAGCAGGACGUUCGUCAAUUAAUCGAAGAUCGACGUCAACAAGAGAGUCGACGCGAACCGGACGACGACGAGAAUCAGAUGAUCGUCGCGAAGAGAAUAAACCGUCCCGGUUUAACAAUCCGCAACGACGUCCCCAAUUUAUCCGUAAAACGUAUAAUAUGGAUUAUCUAG